UUCAGGAUAAAAGUAAAAAUAGUUCGAAAAUAUAUCAUUUUGUAAGCAGCAUCGAUAAAAAGUUUAGAGAAAAAACCAAAGUAGAUAAGUCCAACUAAGGUUGGAUACUCGAAAGCUUAUAAACAAUGGACAGAAUGAAUGUUUUUAAUAAUCCAACAUUCCAAGCAAUCCAGACAAUUUUGACUCAAAAAGUGGAUCAAAUAACUGGAAGUGAAAUGAAAAAAGUUGAAUUACAAAGGAUGAACGAUGACCUUACCAUCAAAGUAUUGAAAAGAGAAUAUCUCGAGACAAAGCGGACUGUCAUAACUUCUAAAAAAAAGUUGGACGAAGCUCAUCAACAAGCAUCCAGUCGAACGGAGAUCAUCAAUCAGCUUGAACAAGCGAGAACUGCCAUUACAGCAAAAUUCGGUGAGCUACAGAGAUUUCAGUACGAAACUUUACUGACCAAUUUGAAUAAUAGUGAAAAUCGAUUGGUAAAUUGCAAAUCUAAAAACUCGGAACUAUCUAAUGUUUUACAAAUUAUAUUUGGAAAUGAAAGAACUAAAAAGAUUAUGAAAGAACAAAUCCAGAUAGAAAAAUUAAAUUUGGACCGUGAAAUUUCCAAACAAAUUGAAACAAGAGAAGAAGAUUUUCAAAAAUUAUCGAAAACCUUAUUUCAACUCCAAAAUCAAUUAAAUAGUUUGAAAGAUUUAAUACUCAAAAACGACGUUUUGGGAAAUCUGAACGAGCAGUUGGAUAAGAAAAAUUUUAGGAAAAAUGUAGUGCAAUUACGGGAAUCUGUAAAAAAACUUCAGGUUAAAAAAGAUGAAGUAUUACAAAAUGUAACCUUGAAUAAACUCAAAGUUUCAUUAAAAAGUAAAGAAAAAGAAUCGGCCGUAUUUGAAAAAGAACUACAAGAUAAGCUCAAAAAGUGUGCUGAUUUGCUGAAAAAGCAAGAGAAAGAAUUAUUAAAUUUGAGCGGAAAACAACAAAAAAUAGACAUUAAAGUUCAAGAUUUACAAAGUGAACGAGAUGCUUUGAAAGAAAAAUUAGUUUCCAAAAAUAACGAUGAAGAGGCGAAGAUUAAAAUGAGAAAUCAUCUUGUUAGUCCUUUAAAGAAGCAAUACUAUUCGUGGGAAAAUAUGAGUAAAAAUAACAGCUCUACAAAUAAAUCUUUGCCGUCUCCAAAGCCAAAAUCUCAGCUAUCCUCGAGUCAAAAAGCUAAAACUGUUCAUUUUGCAUUGGAUGCCGAUUCGUCAGAUUCUGAAGACGAUCUUCUAAUUGACAAGCUUAUGCAGCUCAACAUACACUCCCAAUAA